UUGAGGCCAGUGCCAUUCACACUCGCCCUAUUCUGCAGCAGACAACCCCAGCUCCUCUAAUCCUCCUGCCCUCCCCCCUUCUAAAACUCUUCUCUUGAGGAGUAAUAACUAUAGCUUUGGGGAUAAUAUAGCUUUAAGACAACUUUUGGCAGAUGUGAAUGUCCCAACAUCUGGGCAGUGUUACCAGAAUCCCGGAGGCCCGGACAGACCAGGAGCCACUGGUUCUAGGAAUGUUAAAGUAGAAGGGUUUCCCCCCGACUGAUGAGAGGAGCAGAGAGCAAGGAGAAAGAAGAGAGAGAAGGAGACUGCAAAAAAAUACAAUAAAAAUCAGAUGCAUGUUCCUGCUCUCUUCUCAGCUCCCAGCAGAAGGAUGGCUCCCUCCGAUCCCAUAUAUCUGCUGCUUCUCACUUUUGGGAGUUCAUAGCUAGUACAGUUCUGAAAGUCAUUUUCCCUUACCCUGACACUUCUGGCCACAUAGUCCUAUCCUUGUCUCCUGAAGCUUCCCUGUUAAGGAUGGCUGGUCAACUGACUCAAAGAGCUGCUCUCUCCCUGCUGCUCUUCCUAACACCAGCAGUGCUAGCAACAUGGUAUGCAGGCUCAGGCCACUAUCCAGACGAAAGCUACAAUGAAGUGUAUGCAGAAGAGGUCCCAGCUGCCCGCACCCUGGACUACAGAGUCCCCCGAUGGUGUUAUACAAUGAAUAUCCAGGAUGGAGAAGCCACAUGCUACUCACCAAGGGGAGGAAAUUAUCACAGCAGCCUAGGCACACGUUGUGAGCUCUCCUGUGACCGGGGCUUUCGACUGAUUGGACGGAGAUCGGUGCAAUGCUUGCCAAGCCGGCGUUGGUCUGGAACUGCCUACUGCAGGCAGAUGAGAUGCCAUGCACUGCCGUUCAUCACUAGCGGCACCUACACCUGCACAAACGGGGUGCUGCUUGAUUCCCGCUGUGACUACAGCUGUUCCAGUGGCUACCACCUAGAAGGUGAUCGCAGCCGCAUCUGCAUGGAAGAUGGACGAUGGAGUGGAGGAGAGCCUGUAUGUGUAGACAUAGAUCCACCCAAGAUCCGUUGUCCUCAUUCCCGUGAGAAGAUGGCAGAGCCAGAGAAAUUAACUGCUCGAGUAUACUGGGACCCACCCUUGGUGAAAGAUUCUGCUGAUGGUACCAUCACCAGGGUGACACUUCGGGGCCCAGAGCCUGGUUCUCACUUCCCUGAAGGAGAGCAUGUGAUUCGUUACACUGCCUAUGACCGAGCCUACAAUCGGGCCAGCUGCAAGUUCAUUGUAAAAGUACAAGUGAGACGCUGUCCAACUCUGAAACCACCCCAGCACGGCUACCUCACCUGCACCUCCGCAGGGGACAACUAUGGUGCCACCUGUGAAUACCACUGUGAUGGUGGUUAUGAACGCCAGGGCACCCCAUCCCGAGUCUGCCAAUCAAGUCGACAGUGGUCAGGAUCACCACCUAUCUGUACUCCUAUGAAGAUUAAUGUCAAUGUCAACUCAGCUGCUGGCCUCCUGGAUCAGUUCUUUGAGAAACAGCGACUCCUCAUAGUCUCAGCUCCUGAUCCCUCCAAUCGAUACUACAAAAUGCAGAUCUCCAUGCUGCAGCAAUCCACCUGUGGACUAGACCUGCGGCAUGUCACCAUCAUUGAGCUAGUGGGGCAGCCACCUCAGGAGGUGGGGCGCAUCCGGGAGCAACAACUAUCAGCCAGCAUCAUUGAGGAGCUCAGGCAAUUCCAGCGCCUCACUCGUUCCUACUUCAACAUGGUGUUAAUUGACAAGCAGGGUAUUGACCGGGAACGCUACAUGGAACCUGUCACCCCUGAGGAAAUCUUCACCUUCAUCGAUGACUACCUGCUGAGCAACCAGGAGCUGGCACAGCGAAGAGAGCAAAGGGAUGUGUGCGAGUGACCCUGAGCCAGACUGUGGCUGAGGUCAAGUGCGCAACUGUCCUAGGUAGCUUAAACUGAGGAGGAAAUGUCUUCCCAGUGUUGGGAGCAGGACUCCGGUGGGGGUGAGGUUUGCCAAAUCCAGGACAGUUCCAGACAUCAUUUUAGGGCAGAAUAUGUGUUUCCCUCAGCAAGGCUCCACUUUCAGUAGCACUGGAAAAGCAUAUGAGAGUAGGUAGGGACUGAGGCCAGGCAGUGGUUUGCGGGUAGAUGGUCUUCUCUGAUUAGAGCCUCUGCCGAGCUCUCCAAAGUCAUUGAGAGAAGUAAAUCCUAAAUUCAUUCCUUUACUGUGGCGGAAAUGGUUCCUUUACUCAAUGGUGACAGCAGAGGGCAGCACAACGAGCGACAAGCAGACACUGUAAACACGUAUAAACAGAUUGCCUUACAGUUAAUUGUUUUAGGAGCAGCAGAGGGGUGACAGGGCUCUACAAAACAUUCUUGAGGCUGACUGUCAUUUCCCCUUCCAGGACACUGGACUAAAAAAUGUUGCUUGAACCAUUGCUUCAUCGAGAGUUAGAAAAACAUUUUUCUCCAGCGCUUGGGAAGCACCACCCAGCCAUAGCAGGAUGCUCCCUCCUAGCUGCUGCUCCAAUUAGUUUGUUGGCAAGAACGUCUGCCUACUGAGGUCUUUAGUGCCCCUGAUGGUGGCCCUUCAUUAAAGGAUCCCCCAGUCUGUGAACUAGAUUACCUCUAGGAACUGGGGCGAUGACUCGGCUGGUAAAAUGCUUGCCAUGUAAGCAUUUGGACCUGAGUUUGAUCCCCAGAAGCCAUGUUAAAUAGCUAGAUGUGUGUGCACUUGGAAUCCCAGUGCAGAGGUAGAGAUAAACAGCUCUGUGGGGAUCCUGGUUAGGAAGCCCAGUCUAGUGGUGAGUACCAGGCCAAGUAAGAAACACUAUCUCAAGAAACAUGGUAAAGGGCCCGAGGAACACAACCCAAGACUGGCAUCUGAUCUCCACUAUCUCCAUACACAGGCACAUAUGUGUGUACGCACACGUACACACACACACACCACCAUCACCACCACCACCUCCACCACCACCAAACAUAGCAGGAAAGCAAAGGGGAUAGUGUCAUGUAUUAACUUUCUCAGAUACCCACUUUUAAGAGAUGAGCACAGAGCAGGUAGCUAAAGGAGCCAAAGGUCAAGGUUAGGAACCAGGCCUGAAAAUCAACAUGAGGUUGGGCUUUUGGGAAAUGGAGCCACACACAGAUCCCUGCUUUUUCUUUUUCUUUCUUCCUUUGUCUUGCAUCUUUAGUCACCUGACUCCCUGCCCCUCUUUGCUGGGCAUUAAAGCCAGGAUCUUCCACAUGCCAAACACUACUGCUGAGAUGCAUCUCGAGCUGCAGGUUUUGCUCUGACUUGUGUCUCACAAGGGGUGUUUCACCAGUGUUUGAGAAAAAAAUGUUCUUCCCUUGCUUCUGAGAACUGUCUCUUGUACAGUGAGGGAAGCCAGAGUCAUAGUCAAGACUCGGAUGCCCUGUUCCUUCAGCUUUUUCCUGGGCACCAUCAUUGGGCAACUGGAGACAGCAAGCAGGCUGGGUGGGGAGGCAGAGAUAACAAUGCUCAAGAACCUACUAUGUGUCAGAUGCCAUUAUAAACACACUAUUGAUUGACUCAGAAGUCUGCCAAGAGCCAUAGAAGGUAGGUGUUGUUAUUAGCUCCCAUUUACCGAUAAAGGAAUUGAAUCCCAGAGAGGCUAGGCAGUAUGCUAAGAUCCCAGAGCUAGUAAGCGGCAGUUAGGCACAGACACCAGCAGCCAGGCUCCACUAUGCCAUCUGACCUCUACUUUUUUUCUACUUCCCAUUAAAAGAUAACUGAACACUCUAA